AUGGCCAAAAGCACAAAGGAGAAAGAUCCUAAACGGACCGUGCAGACUGUUCUCAACUUCCCUUCAACUGGAAAAGCAUUGAGUACCACCUGUGGAGAAUGCGGGAUGACAUAUUACUAUCACAUCGCCAAAGAUACCGAACUUCAUAAGAAAUACCAUUUCAGCUUCGUUAAUGGGCUAGUAUGGCCUGAGUCGAUGUGUGGCAAGGUUAUUGGCAGCUUUGAUAUUAUGGUUCCCGUCAGAAAGGGCAAGGGCCUCAAGUCCAAGGUUUCGAAGGACGCGGUCGAAGUACGGAUAGUGUCAGUAGAGAAGGGGAAUAAGCGCCAGAUCCUGAAAACGGAGCAGCUCCUUCAGAUGGUCAACCAGGAACUUAACGCUCCCCAAGAUCCGCAGUCCUGGAAGGAUGAGCUUCAAGAAGCUGGAAGGGCCUUCCUUCUAGUCAUCGAUAACCGGGCCAUAGGCAUUUGUUCCACCGACCCGAUAACAAACUUGGAGGUACAAUCUCGCUGGAUGAUUCACAAAACACAACAAUUGGUCCCCAAGCAAGUAAAUCGGGCCACAAGAGUGGGGAUUUCCCGAAUAUGGGUUGCACCCAAGUGGAGACGUUUCGGUCUAGCCAAAAAUUUAUUGCAGAUAGUUCUAGAUCAUACGUUCUAUGGGAUCAAACUAAAAAAGGCACAAGUUAGUUUUAGUCAGCCCAGUUACAGUGGUGGAGAGUUGGCCAAGAGUUUCAAUGGGGUAAUUCAUAAGAGUGGUGAAGUAUUGGUUCCAGUCUACUUGGAGUAA